CCAUUAAAAAAUCAUGAUUAAUAAAUAGUCUAUUAAAUAAUGUGUUUUUUCUUUUCUUUUUUCUCUCAGUUGAUGAUGCAUUUCUUAGGGGUGCUGCGGUUCAUGAUGUGUUGCAAGGUAGUCAUAUGGACAAACAAUUUAUUCUUUUCAAUGCUAUUGAGAGAUUUUUAUAUUGUUCAUAAGCAUAUGCUUGUAAUUUUCUCAACAGAAGAAGUAGUGUCGAUUGAAUUUCCCGCUGGCGACUAUGAACAGCCAAUCUCCAUCACAGGCCCUGAAAACAACGCCUCCAACAUACCUCCACCUCCUCCCCCCGAAAAAACUGUUGGCGAGAAGCGUUGUGACUCUGUCCCGACGCAUUCGCAACAGGGCACCGGCGUGAUUGCAUCUACCAGACCUGUGUCAGGACGCGGAGAAAAGCGACUCCGAGAGGUGUACGGAGAACAAGCAGUACCUUUACCUACACAAUAUAACGGAGAUGGUGACGACGCCAUCCCGUCCACAUCAGGAUGUGGGAGGAAGAGGCUUAGAGAGGCCUACGGAAGCGGCCGUCCUCUGCCAAAAGAAGGGUGUUUAAGCACGUCGGUGGAUAUAGACCAAGAUUACGACGAGAGAGGUCUAACAUUAUACGUGGAAUCCCAGGAGGAGGCUUGCAACAAUUUCGAUUCUGAUUCAAGCUCGGAUGAUUCAAGCUCGGAUGAGGACGAUACAGGAUAUCUUUUUAACGAACAACAUCUGCCACAACUCAGCUAUUCUAUGAUGAACAAGAUCAACCGGAAUUUUAAACGAAUUUUGAAUUUAGCUUGCCUGCCUUUAUCAUAUCAAGAGGUCGAAGAGAUUGUACGUUCUUCACAGUCCGAUGUGAUAUCCAUCCUACAGAACAUAAUAGCGUGUCAACAACAGCACACCAUUGCCCUAAGCCACGCUGCCGAUUUCUGGAUGAACGGUCAUAAUCAGCUUCUGGAUGAAAACAGACAACUGCAGUCUACGCUCUCAGAAGUAAGGGGAGAACAGCAGCUUUCCGUCGUUGCGUUAAGUCUAAUGUCUGAACGCUUAAAUAUUAUUCAAAGGGUGUUAUUGGAUUUACAAAAUAUCAUUAUGGGGAGGGAUAGAUGAUGAUGAGAUAAUACUUAAUUCUACAUGUUGACUGUUUUGUUUUUGUUAUCGAUAAUUUUGUAUGCAUGUGUUUAAGUGUUUGUUUAUAAUCUGAAAGUCGUUCGCUAUUUUUGGUACCGAUGGUAUGCUAUUUACCGAUAUUAUACAUUGUGCCAUAUUUUGAUAUGUAUUUUGUAACUUCUAACGUUUUAUAAUUGUGUGUGGGGAAGGCAGAGCAAACGUUUGUUUCUAAGAGAGAGAGAGAGAAAAAAUAAUAAAUAAAAAAAAAAAACAAAAAUGACUUCUAAAAGGUGUCGCGAUGAAUCACAUCAUACUGAUGACGAUGAUAAUGAACAAAUAGUAUUAAGACCUAGAACAAAUGAUGAACAGAUACGUACAUUAAUAAGAGAUCAACUACAAAUGUUGAUGGCCACGGGUGAAAAUACACCUGUCAGCCUAGAACAUCUCAUAAAUGAACAAAAUGAAUGGUUAGAAAUGUCUACGGAUGAUAAUGAAAACAAUCAGAUAGGGCAUGGUUCAGUU